GGAAGAAGAUAUUGGAUGAUGUGGUUUUAGAAGCUCCCCACUAAAACUGUGGUGAAGAUUAAGAUUAACUGCUUUCUUCCCCUGAGCGCGUGGUAAAAGCUCUCGUUCGCCGGAACUUCACCGCCGGCAACUUCUUAGGUCUGCGUUACUGCUUGAAGAGAUGGUGUCUUUGCAGAAGUUUCCAUCAGUACAUCAUGCAUAUAUGUUAAAUGCAUCCCCUCAGCAAGGAUUGUUUAGGAACAGCCCCAACGGAAGAGGUCCUGGCUUUAUCAGAUCAGAACAAGUGUCUGAAGUUUCAAUUUCCUCUUGCCAAGAUAGACCUGGAAGACGUCAAUUUCUUGCCAUGGGAUCAACAAUUGCCCCUUUGUUGCUAAUGUCUUAUCAGACACCAACAUCAUUUGCUGCAGAAUCUAAGAAGGGAUUUCUGCCCGUCACAGACAAGAAAGACGGAUACAAUUUCGUCUAUCCUUUUGGGUGGCAGGAAGUAGUGGUCGAAGGUCAAGAUAAGGUUUUCAAAGAUGUUAUUGAACCACUAGAAAGCGUUAGUGUAAAUGUGAUACCCACCAGCAAACAAGAUAUUCGUGAUUUUGGUUCACCACAAGAGGUUGCUGAAACUUUAAUAAAAAAGUUUUUAUCAUCACCUUCUCAAAAGACAAAACUAAUUGAAGCAUCAGAGCACGAUGUUGAAGGGAAAGCCUAUUAUACAUUUGAGUUUGUUGCACAAGCCCCAAAUUUUACUCGCCAUGGCCUCACUGCAGUCUGCAUUGGCAACGGAAAGUUCUAUACAUUGACAACUGGCGCAAAUGAGAGGAGAUGGGAGAAGAUGAAGGACAGGUUACAUACUGUAGUUGAUUCCUUCCAAAUUUUCAACGUCUAAUGUACUAGAAUUUGAAUUGUUAUCUCGCUUCCUGGUGAUAAGUUUCCCAGUUUUUAUCUUCUGCACAUUCAGGAAAAGUAUCUAACAUUAGAGGCUGUAUAAUCUAUGUAGAUAUGAGCUUUCUCCUUUUGUGAAUCAUUUCGUGCAAAUUCAUUACACAUUUUGUAAAAACAGCAAUUGCUGAACAUACUCUGUACAACUUCAAUGUUACAUGUGUGUUUGCUUUA